UCACUGAGCGCACAAUCAGCCCCUCUGCGCCCCCAUGGAUAGCUGGUGGCCAUGCAGCUCGGGGAGCCUGGCCAUGGGCUGCGGGAGCUGCUCUCUGCCCUCCACCGCACGCCGCCCAAGCCAUGGGGCCCCUGCAGGGUCGGCCUUCCAGGGAGGUUCCCGUCUCUGUGGAAAACCCGAGGCCUGUCUGGGCCAGCGGAGCCCCAGCCAAGUGCUGCCCUGGGGCUGGCGUCUUCUGCUUGGCUUGGCCAUGGAUGGGCACCUGCGCUGGGGGGGCGCUUCCCCUCCGGUCCGGGGAGCGGGCGCAGUGCCUGCUGGUGGGUGCGCAGGGCUCAUCCCCUGGGACUGCAGAAGGCAAACCAGGGCCCCCCUCCCCGGUCCUGACGCCCCUGCAGAGCCACGCUGCUCCCUGCCUGGGGUGUGCCUGCCCUGCCCCCCGGCUCCACUUGGCCCCAGCAUGGGCGCGGGCCCUGGGCAGGGCGAACAGUCCCUGCUCCCAGGCUGCCCCAGGCCUGGUGCCAGGUUGCUAGGGGAAACCUUAGGGUUUCCCUAGCUACCGACUGAGCCCCUUAGCUGUAGCUAGGGAAACCUUAGCAACCAUCCCCAUGGCAGCCGAUGGGGGGAGCAGGUUACUGACACCCCAGACAGCAGGGUGGGAGGGGUAGGUGCCCCUGGAGGUGAAGAGCAGAGCAGCGCGGGGGGAGACGGUGCCCAGGACUGUCCGGGCUCUGCACCUGGGGUAGAGGCAUCGGUGUUGCCCCGCUGGCAUAUGCUCCAGUUUCCCCCACGGUCUGUCUGCUGCAGCCCCCUGGGCGCCCCCCUGCCCAUUCGCUGCACUUGUGCCCACCCCAGAGCGAAACGCCCCAAGCAGCUGCCCCCGGGGUCGGGGCUCAGGACUGCGUGGCCCUCUCUGGCUGCUGGCCACCCAUCCUGGUGCCCGCUGUGCCUGGUGCCAGCUGAGGGGGCAAUACCUUCCGCCUGUCCCUUGGUGCUUCACAAAGCCUAAUUAAACCUCACACUGAGAUGGGACUUGUCCCCCGUCACACAGGGAGUCAGUGUGAGAGCCUGGAUUGAACCCAGGAAUCCUGGCUCCCAGUCCCUCCGCUCUAACCACCGGACUCCACGCCCCUCCAGAGCCGGGAUAGAACCCAGGAGUCCUGGCUCCCAGCCCCCUGCUCUAACCCACUCCCCCCCAGAGCUGGGGCAUUCAUUCCUUCCUAACCAGCUUGUCUGGGGUGCUCCAGGCCUCUGUGUCCGAGUGCCCAGCUGGCACGUGCCCGGUGCCUGCCACCUUUGCUCAUGAGGAAGGUCCCCUCCUGCCAGGCUGUGCCCUGGCCUGGCCCAGCCGCCGAGCCCUUGGCAGAUGUUCCCGGUGGGGGCCGUGGUACCGGCGAGUGCCAGGCCUGCGGGGGGGCGUCUAACCCAUCUCCUGCCCCCGCAGACCCCGGCUGGGCCUCCAUUAACCGCGGCGUGCUGAUCUGCGAUGAAUGCUGCAGCGUCCACCGCAGCCUGGGCCGGCACAUCUCCAUCGUCAAGCACCUGCGUCACAGCCCCUGGCCCUCCCCGCUGCUGCAGAUGGUGCACACUCUGGCCAGCAAUGGUGCCAACUCCAUCUGGGAGCACUCGCUGCUGGACCCGGCACAGGUGCAGAGCGGGCGGCGCAAGGCCAAUCCUCAGGACAAAGUGCACCCCACCAAGUCCGAGUUCAUCCGCGCCAAGUACCAGAUGCUGGCCUUCGUGCACAAGCUGCCCUGCCGUGAUGACGAUGGCGUCACCGCCAAGGACCUCAGCAAGCAACUGCACUCCAGCGUGCGAACGGGGAACCUGGAGACCUGCCUGCGCCUGCUCUCGCUGGGCGCCCAGCCUAGCUUCUUCCACCCGGAAAAGGGCACCACCCCACUACAUGUUGCUGCCAAGGCUGGACAGAUCCUGCAGGCUGAGCUGCUGGUGGUGUACGGUGCUGACCCCGGGGCGCCCGAUGUGAACGGCAGGACCCCCAUCGACUACGCCCGGCAGGCGGCCCAACACGACCUCGCGGACCGGCUGGUGGAGUGUCAGUACGAGCUGACGGACCGGCUGGCCUUCUACCUGUGUGGCCGCAAGCCGGACCACAAGAACGGGCACUACAUCAUCCCGCAGAUGGCAGACAGGGCGCGCCCAAAGGGCACGGCGCAGAGCCUGGACCUGUCUGAGCUGGCGAAAGUGGCGAAGAAGAAGUUACAGGCGCUCAGCAACCGCCUCUUCGAGGAGCUGGCCAUGGACGUGUACGACGAGGUGGACCGCAGGGAGAACGACGCCGUCUGGCUCACGACGCAGAAUCACAGCACGCUGGUGACGGAGCGCAGCGCUGUGCCCUUCCUGCCCGUCAACCCCGAGUACUCGGCCACGCGAAACCAGGGGCGGCAGAAGCUCGCCCGGUUCAACGCCAGGGAGUUCGCCACCCUCAUCAUCGACAUCCUCAGCGAGGCCAAGCGACGGCAGCAGGGCAAGAGCCUGGGGAGCCCCACAGACACUGUCGACUACCCGGUGCGGAGCCACAGUGACCCGGACGACCAGCACGACUACGACAGCGUCGCCUCCGACGAGGACACGGACCAGGAACCUCUGCGCAGUGCCGCCCGCAACAACCGUGCCCGGAGCAUGGACUCCUCGGAGCUGUCGGACGGGCCCAUCACGCUGCAGGAGUACCUGGAGGUGAAGAAGGCGCUGGCCGCCUCCGAGGCCAAGGUGCAGCAGCUGAUGAAGGUGAACAACAGCCUGAGCGACGAGCUGCGUCGGCUGCAGCGUGAGAUCCACAAACUGCAGGCGGAGAACUCGCAGAUGCGGCAGCAGCCGGGCCCCGGGCAUGCGGUGCCAGCCCCCAGCGAGCGCUCGGAGCACGGGCAUGGCGUGCCCACGGCAGCAGCUCACCGGCGCGACCGCCAGGCCUUCUCCAUGUAUGAACCGGGCUCUGCCCUCAAGCCCUUCGGGCAGCCCGUGGACGAGCUGGUCGGCCGCCUGCAGCCCUUCCACUCCAGCGAGGUGGAGGAUGAAGCGGUGUACUCCACGCACAUCCCGGCCAGCGGGUACCGGAUCCGGAAGGGGGUGUCUGCCUCCUCGGUGCCCUUCCCCCCCUCCUCCCCGCUGCUCUCCGGCAUGCAGGAUGGCGCCCGCCACAUGACCAGCAAGCUGGACCGGCACGGCAGCGGGACUGACAGCGACUAUGACAACACACAGGCUGGCGAGACACUGCUCAGCAUGGACGGGAAGCGGUUCCUGGACCUGGGGAAAGACGACGACUUCCACGCGGAGCUGGAGGCCCUGGACGGGGAGCUGGAUCCCGGGCUGCCCAGCACCGAGGACGUGAUCCUGAAGACGGAGCAGGUCACCAAGAACAUCCAGGAGCUGCUGCGGGCCGCCCAGGAGUUCAAGCAUGACAGCUUCGUGCCCUGCUCCGAGAAGAUCCACUCCGCUGUCACCGAGAUGGCCUCGCUCUUCCCCAAGAAGCCAGCCCUGGAGACGGUGCGCAGCUCCCUGCGGCUGCUCAACGCCAGCGCCUACCGGCUGCAGAGCGAGUGCCGCAAGACCAUGCCGCCGGAGCCUGGCGCGCCCGUGGACUACCAGCUCCUGACGCAGCAGGUCAUCCAGUGUGCCUACGACAUCGCCAAGGCCGCCAAGCAGCUGGUCACCAUCACCACCCGCGAGAAGAAGCAGUGAGGCCUGGUCCCCGCCUGGCGGCUCCCCCCCCCCCCCCCCC